GCCAUUUCCCCCCCAAGUAGGUAUGUAAAACAAAUCCUCCACGGAGUUCAGUUUAAUCUCGUUCAAUCCAUCACAUAGACGAAACGUUUCAAAGUCGAAGUUGUUCCAUUUAGCAGCACAUUUAGUUGCCUUUGAAUUUAGGGAAGUCGGCAGCCAUGGCCCCCAGCCGGAAUGGAAUGAUCCUAAACCCCCACUUCCAUAAAGACUGGCAGAAAAGAGUCCGCACUUGGUUCAACCAGCCAGCCAGGAAGCUACGCAGGCGGAAGGCUCGCCAAGCGAAGGCACGUCGCAUCGCACCCCGUCCUGCUGCCGGGUUUCUGAGACCACAGGUCAGGUGUCCCACCAUCAGAUACCACACUAAGGUCCGGGCGGGACGAGGUUUCACCCUGGAGGAACUCAAGGCCGCAGGCUUCCACAAGAAGACGGCCCGCACCAUCGGAAUCUCUGUGGAUCCCCGUCGCCGUAACAGGUCUACAGAAUCUCUUCAGGCCAACGUGCAGCGCCUCAAGGAGUACCGCUCCAAGCUCAUCAUCUUCCCCUAUAAGGCUUCUGCUCCUAAGAAGGGAGACAGCACUGAGGAGGAGCGGAAGAUGGCCACCCAGCUCAGAGGACCAAUCAUGCCCAUCAAAACUGUACACAAGAAGGAGAAGGCCCGAGUUAUCACCGAAGAGGAGAAGAAGUUCAAGGCUUUCGCUACCCUGCGCAUGGCGCGCGCUCACGCUCGUCUCUUCGGUAUCCGUGCCAAGAGAGCUAAAGAGGCUGCUGAGCAGGAUGUGGAAAAGAAAAAGUAAAUGUAAUUACUUUCGAACGCUGCAAAAUAAAACGUUUAAAAAAGUUAAAACUUGA